UGCGACGCCCAAUUGCUACGUCACCACGAAGGGACCGUGUUUUGGUUUGUGGAAGCAACUUGUUCUCAGACAUCUCUGGUUAUUUUUGCGUUUCUUUGCAUCCAACCUGCGCUGUAUGUUAGCAAGAUGUUAACCGCAGAGGAUUUUACACAGUUCCCGCUCCUCGUGUGGGAAAAGGUGUUCGCGAAGGUGAAGAAAGCGGUGGUGUUUAUGGAUGACAGGUGUGCAGAAGCUCUCCACUGGAGCGGAGGGGCUGCAGCCUUGCUGGAAGCUGGAGCCAGGAACCUGAAGCAGUUUUCGAGCUUCGAAGCGUGUGGUGAGAACGAGCCCAAAGCCGUGUUUGUGGUGAGCACGCUGUUAAAGGGGAGGACGGUGGACAUCAUAAAGGACAUCAUAUCUCUCAGUAACUUUCAGUACUGCGUCGUCAUCACCGCUGUGCCCCACUCUGUGCACCUGUUCGCCAACAAUGUCUCCUCGGAAAUGGGGGGGAACCCUGUGUUUGAGCAGUUUGAGGAGAAGCUGUGCGAGUGGAUGGGGAACAUGAACUACACGGCUGAGGUCAUGCACGCGCCAGUGGGCUUCGCCUCCGUGUCCCAGCAGCUGCUGGUUGCUCCAACCUUCGCUCAGCUGUUUCCUCUGCUCCCACCUGACCUGGAAAGCAUCAACGCAAAGCGACCAGAGAAGAAGAGAUUUGGGACUUUAAACGACCUGGAUGGACAGUCUCUCCCAGUGGAGCUGCAGAUGGAAAUCAAAUGCUUGGUUUCGGUGUUAAACUCCAUGUUUGACGCCUUAGGGUUGAAAGAAGAGAGUUUUGCUGUGGGACCAAUGAGCCGCAUCAUCGCAGGAGAACUGGCCAAUCACAGCCAGGCGAGAAACAGACGGAAGACUGCUCCCAAUAAAGCAUCAAUCAUCUUUAUAGACCGAACAAUGGACCUUACAGGAGCUGUUGGUCAUCAUGGUGACAACCUGGUUGAGAGGAUUCUUACUGUGCUGAACCCGUUGCCUGGUCACGUGACAGAUGUGCAAGUGGACAUGUUGGAACUCACAAGUGUACAGAAAACUCCUCACUCCCAGAACACUGUGGCCCCUGGCUGUCUGGCUCAAACCCAGUCGUCCUCUGUGAGGGUACUCUGGGAGUCGAUGCUUACAAGCAAACAUAAAGAGGCUUUGAUGGAAGUGCGUCGUCACCUGGUAGAGGCGGCCACCAAAGAAAAGCUGCCAAUCAAGAUGAGCAUGGGCCGUGUGACCCCCGAGCAGCUGUGUUCCUACGUUAAGUUGUUCAGGACGAAUUGGGAGGCAUUAGAGAGUCACUGUGGGGUACUUCAGCUGGGCUUGGCCACAGCCCAGAUGCUCCGACACCCGAGCUUGGCCCGCUGGGAUUCCUGUCUGGCUUUCGAAAGGCUGCUGCUCCAGGCUCUUGGCGACUCUGAUUUCCCCGCUGUGCUGAGGCAGCUGCUGCCCUUGAUGAAGCCCCGCGGAGGUGAGAAAAGCUCAUCCUCAGGGUCCAGGCUCAGAGAGGACGAGUGCGGGCCAGACGAGCUGAUCCUCCUCCUGGUCUAUCUCUACUCUCUGGCUGCGGAGGCGCAGCAGGCAGAUACCGGGGAGGAGGAGCUGGAGAAGCUGGAGCGGGAGCUGAUAGGAGCACUCACGCUGGUCAUCACACAGGAGACAGAACUCAGCCCAUUGCUCCAAAACCUCACAGGCUGUGCAACCCCAGAUGAGCUGAGCACAGAAAGAGCCCAUUCUGCAGUGGAGAAGAUGUUUGAGACCCUCCGCGGUUUAAGCCACAUGAGAGACCACCUCAAGCAGCUGCGGUCGGUUUACACUGCAAGUGAUGGAGUCCACCAGGCCACAUACCGUCCGUUCCUGCGACAGAUCCUGGAGGAAGUUUUCCAACCAGACCGACCCGAAUGCCCCGACAUCGAACACAUGUCAGGAGGCCUUACAGACCUGCUGAAGACCGGAUUCAGCAUGUUUAUGAAGGUGAGCCGUCCACGUCCAGGCGACAACCCUCUGCUCUUCUUCUUCCUGGUCGGUGGAGUGACACCAUCAGAGCUUCGCCUCAUCAAAGAUACAGUCAGCUCACUCAAACCAGGAACACAGGUGCUGGUUCUCUCCACCCGCUUACUAAGACCGACGGAUAUUCCUGAGCUGUUGUUCAGCACCCAGAGACUUCACCCAGAUAUCAGUUUCUGAGGGUUGCCAUGAGGAACAAACGCAGCCUUGUGCGUUCAGAGCGGCGCACGUUUGGACAAUCAGGUUUGGAGCGCAAAUCGUCGUCAUUUUACAGAAAUGAUCGAGAUUUUAAAAAAAGAAAAAGAAAGCAUUCCUGCCCUGUAUGUCAGCGAACAAAAUCCUUGUUCUUAUACAACAGAUGUUUUAUGACCUAAAUGUAUGAAUUUAUCAAAUCUGUAACAAUAAAGUAAUUUACCAGACAGCAAA